GAUAGGGGGAAGAGGCACGUGCCAGUUCAGUUCACUCAUUCACUUUCUCAUACAUCCUUGUUCUACUCACACUUGCUCAAAGAUCUGCAGGCAGAGGCAGUCUCCUAGAUAGAAACAGCUCUGCUGGGUGGGAAGUUCCUUUUGGCUCCCAAAGGAAACCAGGGUGCAAUCAGAAUCCUCAAGCUGCUCCUUUCAGGAAACUUACAGGGAAAGUUUUGCAACAUGAAUGGACCUGUGGAUGGCUUAUGUGACCAUUCUCUGAAUGAAGAAGGUGCUUUUAUGUUUACUUCGGAGUCUGUAGGAGAAGGGCAUCCUGAUAAGAUCUGUGAUCAGAUCAGUGAUGCCGUGCUAGACGCCCAUCUCAAACAAGACCCAAAUGCCAAGGUUGCUUGUGAGACUGUCUGCAAAACUGGGAUGGUCCUACUCUGUGGGGAGAUCACUUCAGUUGCCAUGGUGGAUUAUCAGCGUGUAGUCCGGGACACCAUUAAACACAUAGGCUAUGAUGAUUCAGCCAAAGGCUUUGACUUCAAGACCUGCAAUGUGCUAGUAGCCCUGGAACAACAAUCUCCAGAUAUUGCCCAGUGUGUCCAUUUAGACAGAAAUGAAGAAGAUGUCGGUGCUGGAGAUCAGGGUUUGAUGUUUGGCUAUGCCACAGAUGAGACAGAAGAAUGUAUGCCUCUCACCAUUAUACUUGCUCAUAAGCUCAAUGCCCGGAUGGCAGAUCUGAGGCGCAUGGGGGCUCUCCCCUGGCUAAGACCUGACUCUAAAACUCAGGUCACUGUCCAGUACAUCCAGGACAAUGGGGCUGUCAUUCCCGUGCGUAUUCACACCAUUGUGAUCUCGGUGCAGCACAAUGAGGACAUCACUCUAGAGGACAUGCGCCAGGCUCUAAAGGACCAAGUGAUCCGAGCUGUGGUGCCUUCCAAGUAUCUGGAUGAAAGGACAAUCUACCACCUGCAGCCCAGUGGGCGUUUUGUCAUUGGUGGGCCACAGGGGGAUGCAGGAGUCACUGGCCGGAAGAUCAUUGUGGACACUUAUGGAGGCUGGGGGGCUCAUGGAGGAGGAGCCUUCUCUGGGAAGGACUAUACCAAAGUGGACCGCUCUGCAGCCUACGCAGCCCGUUGGGUGGCAAAGUCACUAGUGAAAGCCAAACUGUGUCGGAGAGUUCUGGUGCAAGUUUCUUAUGCAAUUGGUGUGGCUGAGCCUCUCUCAAUUUCCCUGUUCACCUAUGGGACCUCCCAAAAGACAGAAAAAGAGCUGUUAGAUGUGGUGAAUAAGAAUUUUGAUCUUCGUCCUGGAGUCAUUGUCAGGGACCUUGAUUUGAAGAAACCAAUUUAUCAGAAGACAGCAUGCUAUGGCCAUUUUGGAAGAAACGAAUUUCCCUGGGAAGUUCCCAGGGAGCUUGUAUUUUAAUGUUGUCAGGAACCAGGCAGUCUCUUGAAGAGAGCACAAUAGGAUUCCACGUUGCAAGAUGGCCCCGGAUUUCCACUCCCUUUGACCUCUAUAUGCAGAUCAGAGAGCUACACCAUACCGACAGUCUACUUAUUAUCUCUAUUGGAUCUGGUUCUGUUCUUCGCCACUGUCCCGAGUUAGUGGCAAAGCCAACCUAUCCUUAGCAUGUUGCCAUCAAUAGAAAGCCUGGUAGAAUUCAUCUUUCUAGUAUUGCUAGGUCAGACCUGUUUGUAAAGAUGAUAAUGAUUUUCCUUCAACUGUUGAUUCUGACCUAGGACAAUUUGAUUGAUUUUAAAGGAAAGGCAUAUAUCCAGACUGUAUACAUAUGCCCAUUGCCAAUCCCUUUAUCACUAGGUGGCAAUGGUGGUAGUGGUAUUUGGAAUUGGUCCAGAUAUAUUUUUCUUACAAUGACAUCUUGGGUUCUUUGUAGAUCAGUCUCCCUUACUUGCCAUAUAUCAAACACAAGAAUUUCCCAAAUGGGUCAAUAUCCCAAAGAUUUGGCCUUAUAUUUGGGAGAUAAUCCCUACACCAGGGGGUCUUACCUGGGGGCCCCAAGGGAAUUCAUGAAUAGAUUUCCCAAAAAGCCCUACAUCUUUAUUUUCACAAACCUCUAACUGAAAUAUAUACCAUUUCCUAUAAUGAUUUAAAGACAUUAUUCUGAGAAGGAGUCACUAGACUUCAUUCACCAGGAACUGCCCAAGGGACAGUUAAGAACACCUGAACUACACCGAAAAGUUCUUAUCUAGGGAGGAUGUGUGAUGCAAAGAAGAGAUACUUGGAUUUGGAGUUAGAAGUCCUGACUUGGUCAUUUAGUAUCUCUAUUACCUCUGGCAAAGCUCUUAAGUCCUGUGGGCCUCAGCUCCCUCAACUUCCAGUUCUAAAUCUAUUAUCAUAGGAGCUCAGGUACCAUGUCAAAUCCAGUUCAGGGUCAUGCUUCUGAAGUCUCAGGCCCCUUCCUGUUCAGCCCUCUCUUGGUGCUCUGGACCAGGUUUCUGUCAAGAAGCAGGCCUCAUAGAAAAAGCAGGUUUGAAUGGUACCGUAGCCCAGUGCCUUGCACAUAGUAGGAGCUUAACAAGUGUUUAUUGAAUUGACUGGGAAGGGGGACUUCCUUGAAAUAUGUCCAUAUCUGUCUGGAGAGAGGACCGGUGCUUCUGUGGCUAAUUGAUAAUCAAUGAUCCUCAUGAUUCAGUGUAUAAAAGGAGGCAAGGCCAGGAAGAGAAGGUAAAGAAGUAUUUAUUUCUGUCUCAGAAUAUUUCACACAAAUUAUACAAUGUGUUAUCUAGCAAGAAUAUCCCGGAGGUGGCUCUUGGAGGGAGAGUGGAGAAUAAGAAUCGGUGAAAAACUAGAAAGACUAAAGCAUAGACUAAAAAACUAGGAGGAAACCUUGCUAAUCAAGAAAUCCAGAGGCAGCUAGGUGGUGCAGUGGAUAGAGCACCGGCCCUGGAUUCAGAAAGACCUGAGUUCAAAUGCAGCCUCA